AUGGGGCAGCUUGCUAGUGCCCAAAAUACUCGACCAGUUGGAGCUCUUCCAAGUGACACCGAGGCUAAUCCUAAGGCAUAUAUUAAUGUUGUAUCAUUGAAGAAUGGGAGACGGUUAGAAGAAGUCCUAUCGAAAAAGAGGAAGCAAGUGACCUUUCAUGAGAAACCGGCCACCAUAAAAGCAGAAUCAGAAAAAGCAAAGGAGUCAGAGAAGCCAGGUGAAGAGGCGGUGGCUAAGAAACCCCCACCAUUAGUGCAAAUCAAUAUUCCACUGGUAGACAUCAUGCAAGAAGUGCCCAAAUAUGCCAAAUACAUCAAGGACAUAGUGGCAAAUAAGAGGAGGUUGACAGAGUUCGAGACAGUGGCACUCACUGAAGAAUGUAGCUCAAGAAUUCAAAGCAAGCUACCUCAGCAAUUGAAUGAUCCGAGUAGUUUCACUUUCCAAAUCUCGAUUGGAGUGAUUGAAGAUGUGUUAGUUCAAGUGGGAUCUUUUAUAUUCCUUACUGAUUUUAUUAUCUUGGACUAUGAGCCUGAUCAGGAAGUCCCAUUUAUUUUGGGGUGUCCAUUCUUAGCCACGGACCAAGCUAUCAUUGAUGUAUGUGAAGGAAAGAUAACGAUGAGAGUGGGUGAUCAAGUGGAGGUAUUCAAUGUGUAUAUAGCACUCAAAUUGCCAGCCCACUAUGAAGAGAUAUCCAUGAUUUCUGUUGUGAAAAGUGAUGUGACAUCAUUGGUACCUUAUGUGAGCCCCAUAGAUCCUCUUGAACGAGCCUUGAUUGGGGAUGAAGAAGAUAGUGAAGAUGAGAUGAUAGAAGAAAUUGAGCAAGUACUUAACAUGUCUUGCAGUUAUGUCCAUGGGUUUGGGAGACUUGAGCAGUUGGACAGGCCUGUUACUCUGAACCUUCCUAAGCCAUCUAUUGAAAAAGCUCCAAGGCUAGAGCUUAAUCCCCCUCCAGCGCAUCUGCGCUAUGCUUAUUUGGGGAACUCUGAGACAUUGGAAGUGAUUAUCUCAUCCAGCUUAACCGAUGUGCAAGAAGAAAAAUUUCUCAGAGUACUUCGUGAGCAUAAAAAGGCUAUUGGGUGGACAAUUGCUGACAUCAAAGGAAUCAGUCCAUCAUUUUGCAUGCAUAAAAUCUUUCUGGAAGAUGGACACCACCCCAUUAUUGAGCAACAAAGGAGAUUAAAUCCCAUUAUGAAAGAGGUCGUGGAGAAGGAAGUAACUAAGUGGCUCGAUGCAGGUAUCGUGUUAGGCCAUAGAGUGUCAAAGAGAGACAUUGAAGUUGAUAAGGCAAAGGUGGACGCGGUUGAACAAUUACCUACACCCAUUUCUCUGAAGGGUGUCCGGAUUUUCUUGGGACAUCCGGGGUUUUGUAGACCCUUUAUUCAAGAUUUUUCAAAAAUUGCUAGUCCAUUAUGCAGGUUGCUUGAAAAGGAUGUAACCUUCAAUUUUGAUGAACCCUGCCUGAAGGCAUUCAAGGAGCUCAAGAAGAAAUUGGUGGCUGCCCCCAUUAUUCAGUACUAG